AUGCUGCUCUCCGCGCUGUCAUCCGCGCUGGCCGGCUCCACGCCCUCGACGACGUGGCGCACCGUGCGCGACGCCGCCGGCGGCUGGGUCCUCGAGCGGAACGGCUCGCCCCACGUGCUGCACGGGGUCUGCUAUUCGCCGUCCGAGAUUGGGAGCGCGGGGCCGACGGAGCUCUUCGACUCCGGGGACGCCAAGUACGUGGGCAGCUUUGGCGACGUCUUCUGGGACGCGCCGGCCGAAGCGCCGCACCUCUCGUGGGGCGCCCUCUGGGGCUCGGGCACCGCGAUCACAGGGGGGCGCGGUGCCGGCCGUGCAGACCUGCAGGCCAUCGCCUCGUACGGGUUCAACUCGGUGCGAGUGUACUCGAUGCUGUCGCGCGUCUUCGCGAUCCAGCGCGGCGUCGUCAGCCCCGCCGCCGACUGCACCCGCCGCACGCACGCCGCCUUCCUGGACGAGGCGGCGAGGCACGGCCUGAGCGUGCUCGUCGGGAUCCCGAUGCCGAUCGAGAUGUGGCAUCUCUCCAACCGCCGUGGCGCGCACGCGUCGCUCGUCAGCUGGUGGGAGAGCGUGCUCGAGGAGACGGCGCGCGACCUCGGCUCCCACCCCGCCACGCUCGGCUUCGUCCUCAUGAACGAACUCGACGACGCCUUCAACGCCUUCCCCGGCGCUGCCCGCCGGCACGCCCCCUCCCCACACCGCCGCGGCGCUGCGGCGCCGAACCCGUCCGGCACGCCCGAGACGGACUUCUUCUACGGCUCCGCCGUCAAGUACGCGCGGCUCGUCAAGCGAGCCGCGCCCGGCAAGCUCGUCGGCUGGGCGCUCCACGACAUCCCUCAGUGGCUCGGCUUCGCGUCUCGCGCCUCGCCCCGCUCGCCCGACGGCGCCUCGCUGGUGGCGGGCCAGACGUACUUGGCGCAGAUCUCUGGCGCCUUCGACUACUUCGGCUUCAACACCUACCAGACCUCGCCCGCAGGGCUCCAGGCGGUGAUGGGCAGCGCGGGCGGCGGAGUGAUUGCGGGCGGCGGCCUCUCUUACGGCGCCCCGGCCAUCGCCGACCAGAUCAAGCCCCUCCUCCUCACCGAGAUCGGGUGGGCGCACUCGGGCGUGACUGCGGGAGAGGAGGUUGCGCAGCGGGCGGCACUCGUGCUCCGCGCGGCUUACUUGGAGCACUCCCGCCUGAUGCUCGGCACCUUCUACUUCGAGUUUUGCGACGAGUGGUGGAAGGCGCGCGCGCAGACGCCCAUCGAGGACGCCCUGUGGAUCGACGGCGCCGGCCCGAAGCUGCCCUUGGACGAGCUCGUGCCUCUCACCGACUCGUCGCUCUCGUCGCUCUUCCAGCUCGGCAUCGGCGCCGGCGCGUGCAUCGUGUUGCUCGUGCUCGCCGCGAGAGCUUGCUGCAGCGGCGGCGAGGAGGCGCGGGCGGGCAGGAAGCCGCCCCGCAGGAUGCGGCUCGCGGACGACGAAGGCGAAGGCUCGGAGGUGGCGUCCAGUAUGACGUAUAGCGCAGUGUCAAAGGUCCAAGAUUCGUGA